AUGGCGACUGGGAUCGUCGGAGGUGGUGGAUCGUUGUCGGAGGUACACAGUAAUGCGAAAAGGAUUCUACUCAGGGCUCGAGACGGAAUCGAGAGGUUGGAGAGGUUCGAGUCCGCCGCUCCGAUGGAUUCUUCCGAUCUGGUCUCCUCCGUGAAACGUGACAUCACCGAGGUCCAAUCUCUCUGCUCCAGCAUGGACAGUCUCUGGCGCUCGAUCUCUGCUAAAUCCCAGCGCGAUCUCUGGAGAAGAAAGACUGAACAAGUGGGAGAAGAGGCAGAGUAUCUAAACCAAAGCCUGGAAAAAUACAUGUGGAGGAAUCAGAAAAAGAUGUUGGAGGCCAAAGAGAGAGCGGAUUUGUUAGGGAGAAGAAGCGGAGAAGGAGCUCACAUUUUGCAAAUAUUUGACGAUGAAGCUCAAGCAAUGAACUCUGUCAAGAAUUCAAAGAGACUGCUCGAAGAUUCGUUUUCCAGUGGAGUCGCUAUCCUUUCCAAGUAUGCUGAGCAAAGGGAUCGUUUAAAGGGGGCACAACGUAAAGCUUUGGAUGUUUUGAACACCGUAGGGCUAUCGAACUCUGUGCUGAGGCUCAUUGAGAGGCGUAAUCGUGUCGACACAUGGAUCAAAUACGCCGGUAUGAUCGCAACAAUAGUCCUAUUGUAUCUGUUCAUAAAAUGGACUCGUUAG